AUGGAUUUUGAUUCCGAGGAUGAGUCUGAGGAGGAGGAGGAGGAGGAGGAGGAAGACAAGAUCAUUCCAGCACUCACCAAGGAAAAUGGCAAACCUGAAGCCAAGAAGCAGAAGAAGCAGGUUAAGAUUGACACUGCUGCACCUUCAAAGUCUAAGGCUGCUGCCAAGGAUGUGGGAAAAUCUAACAAGGAUGAUGACAGCGAUGAUGAUGAUGAUGAUGACAGGGAUGAGGACGACAGCGAAGAUGACUCUGGUGAUGAUGAAGCAUUGAUUCCCAUGGAGGAUGAUUCUGAUGAUAGUGAGGACGGUGACGAUUCCUCUGAUGAUAGUGAGGAUAGCUCUGAUGAGGAGGAAGAAGAAACACCCACCCAAGGUACUACGGGCGAGAAAAGGCUGGCUGGAAGCGCGCUGAAGACCCUUGUUACUGACAAGAAUGCCAAGAUUGCAACACCGUCAGGGCAGAAGACAAGUGACAAGAAGGAGGUUGUCCAUGUGGCGACUUUGCACCCGGCCAAGAAGGCAGGCAAGACCCCAGCAACCAGCGACAAGUCACCCAAGUCUGGAGGGUCGGUCGCGUGCAAGUCAUGCAGCAAGACAUUCAACAGUGAGGGUGCUCUAGCUUCGCACUCGAAGGCCAAGCAUGAGGCCAAGUAA